AUGAGCGCGCAUCGCACGCCGUUCGCGCGUUCAGCUCGCCUGCACGCGCGUCGCAUUGCGCUGCCUAUGUUUUUGCUUUCACUGAUCCUGUCCUUAACACAAGUCAACCUCGAGCGUUCCGUAGCAUCGCAUCGCCUGGAGAACGUCACGCACACCGUGACACGGAUCCUUGACGGCUACGACAUCCGACUUCGCCCUAAUUUUGGUGGCGACCCGCUCUACGUUGGGAUGGAUUUAACCAUUGCUAGCUUUGACGCCAUUUCCGAAGUAAAUAUGGACUACACUAUAACACUUUAUCUAAAUCAAUAUUGGAAGGAUGAAAGAUUGGGGUUCGGCUUGCCAGAGGAUGUAUUGACACUGUCCGGAGACUUCGCUGACAGAAUUUGGGUGCCCGAUACUUUCUUUGCGAAUGAUAAAAAUAGUUUCCUCCACGACGUAACGGAACGCAACAAGCUAGUGCGCCUGGGCGGCGACGGCAGCGUCACCUACGGCAUGCGCUUCACCGCGACUCUGGCCUGUAUGAUGGAUCUGCACUACUACCCGCUGGACAGCCAGAAUUGCACCGUCGAGAUUGAAAGCUAUGGCUACACGGUAUCAGACGUUGUGAUGUACUGGAAAGAGACACCGGUGCGAGGUGUCGAAAAUGCAGAACUGCCUCAGUUCUCCAUUCUGGGGCAUGAGACUAAUGACAGAAAAGAGAAGUUGGCGACAGGCAUCUAUCAGCGGCUGUCACUCAGUUUCAAGCUGCGACGGAACAUCGGAUACUUUGUCUUUCAAACCUAUCUGCCAAGUAUUUUGAUAGUGAUGCUUUCCUGGGUGUCCUUUUGGAUCAAUCAUGAGGCAACUUCCGCUAGAGUUGCUCUAGGUAUCACCACCGUCCUAACGAUGACGACGAUAAGUACGGGAGUGCGCAGCAGCCUACCUCGUAUAUCAUAUGUGAAAGCUAUCGACAUCUACCUAGUGAUGUGCUUCGUGUUCGUAUUCGCCGCCCUACUCGAAUACGCCGCUGUCAACUAUACAUACUGGGGCGCUAGAGCCAGAAAACGAGCCAAGUUAAAAAACCGCGAUCAAAUCUCUACUAGUGCCAGUGUGGAUAAGGAAAUGAAAGGCUCGGGUGGACCCCAUUCUCCAGAAGAAAUCAUAGCACUACAAGAAUAUACUGCAACGACUGGCAGGGUGUCGCCACUGCUGAGCUUGCGGUCGAGACCACUGCCUCCGACCACCGGUGCUCCACCAUCCCUGCGCCUUCAACGAGACUAUUCCAAUUUACGUUACAGGACUCGGCCACAUUCCAGAAGGAACAGUGCCAACAAGCCAAAGGUGAUCCACGCACUCAAACGCGGUGCUACGGUCAUAAAAUCGUCCAUGCCCAAAAUUCGAGACGUUAACGUCAUAGACACAUACUCGCGGGUCAUUUUUCCAAUAUGUUUUUUAAUUUUUAACGCCGUUUAUUGGACCUUUUACAUAUUUGAUUAA